UUCACCGCCUCCUUAUCCUUCCCUUCUAAUUGGCUGUCGCCCCUACGAGUCCUUGGAGAGGUCAAAAAUAAUGAUAACGAAAUUUACCGGAGAGUCGCUGUGGUUUUGAGAUAUACAGUUUAGUCGAUCACAUUUCUCUUGUUGGCUUAUCCAGUCCAGCACCGAGACCUUUUUUUUUCAGGUGCUCAUUCAGCUAGCUAGCACAGCUAGCCUCAGCAGCUGGUGGCUAUGGCUGCAGUUAUUUUAAGUUUCCCAACUCUGCAGGGCCUGCGGAUAUUCACGCAGAAGCUGUCAUGGAGCACGAGAGGCGUGAGGCUUGUUUCAGGAGGGGUGAGAAGGAUAGAAAAGGUGCUGAUUGCCAAUCGAGGAGAGAUUGCAUGCCGUGUGAUGCGUUCAGCCAAGAAGAUGGGUGUACGCUCAGUGGCGGUGUACAGUGAUGCAGACACACACUCCAUGCAUGUAGCUAUGGCAGAUGAAGCCUACCAUAUUGGCCCUGCACCCUCCCAGCAGAGUUACCUCUCUAUGGACAAAGUUUUGGAAGUGGCCAAAAAAUCUGGAUCACACGCGGUCCAUCCUGGCUAUGGUUUUUUGUCAGAAAACACAGAGUUUGCUGAGGCAUGUAAACAGGAAGGAAUCAUCUUUAUUGGGCCUCCCUCAUCUGCCAUCAGAGAUAUGGGCAUUAAAAGCACAUCCAAGCAUAUCAUGUCAGCUGCUGGCGUGCCAAUUAUAGGUGGCUACCAUGGAGAGGACCAAUCUAAUGAGAAGUUGCAGGCAGAGGCUGUCCAGAUUGGAUACCCUGUGAUGAUCAAAGCAGUUCGUGGAGGAGGGGGGAAGGGCAUGCGUAUUGCACGCUCAGACUCUGACUUCUUGGAGCAGUUGGAGUCAGCACGGAGGGAAGCCAGAAAAUCCUUCAAUGAUGAUGUCAUGCUGAUCGAGAAGUUCGUGGAGGACCCCAGACAUGUGGAGGUCCAGGUGUUUGGGGACAUGCAUGGCAAUGCCGUCUAUCUGUUUGAGAGGGACUGCAGCGUUCAAAGGAGACAUCAGAAGAUCAUAGAGGAAGCACCAGGGCCUGGUAUAAGCCCUGAAGUGAGGAGAAAACUCGGAGAAGCAGCGGUUAGAGCAGCCAAGGCUGUCAACUAUGUUGGAGCAGGUACGGUGGAGUUCAUUAUGGAUGCCCAGCACAACUUUUAUUUCAUGGAGAUGAACACCAGGUUGCAGGUGGAGCAUCCUGUCUCUGAGAUGAUCACUGGAACUGACCUGGUGGAGUGGCAGCUCAGGGUGGCAGCAGGGGAGCGCUUGCCUCUCCUUCAGGAAGACAUAAUGCUAAGGGGACACUCAUUUGAGGCUCGUAUCUAUGCUGAAGACCCAAAUAAUGACUUCCUUCCUGGGGCGGGGCCUCUGCUGCAUCUCUCCACUCCCCCACCAGACCAACAUACACGUAUAGAGACUGGCGUCAGAGAAGGGGACGAGGUCUCGGCACAUUAUGACCCAAUGAUUGCCAAGUUGGUGGUGUGGGGAGAGGACCGAUCUGCUGCCUUAAAAAAGCUGCGGUAUUGUUUACGACAGUACAAUAUAGUAGGACUAAACACCAACAUAGAUUUCCUGCUGAAUCUUUCGGGCCACCCAGAGUUCGAGGCUGGAAAUGUGAGCACCAGCUUCAUCCCCCAGCACUACGCUGAGCUCUUCCCCACUCCGAAAGCACCUUCUGGGGCAACAAUCUGUCAGGCAGCCCUCGGCCUGAUACUACAGGAGAGGAACCACACACUGGGAUUCACCCAGAGCUCCACUGAUCCUUUCUCCCCAUUUGGCUCUAGCUGUGGUUGGAGAAACAACAUCCUGUUUAACAGAAAUGUGACACUACAGGUGGGAGAUAAAAAAGUUGAUGUGGUCAUCAUGUACAACCAGGAUGGGAGCUACAGUAUGCAGAUUGGUGACGAGGUGAAUCACGUCACAGGGGAGGUGGAGAUGGAAGGCGGGGCAUCGUUCCUGCACUGUACUGUCAAUGGCGUCGAGUCCCGCCCUAAACUUGUGAUCCUGGACAACACGGUGCACCUGUUCUCCACUGAGGGAAGCUCUCAGGUGUCUGUUCCCGUGCCAAAGUAUCGGGCUGGUGUUGGCGGUUCAGGAGCUCAGGGUGGAGCCGUGGCCCCCAUGACUGGAACUAUAGAGAAGGUGCUGGUGAAGGCCGGAGAUAAGGUGACUGUGGGAGACCCACUGAUGGUCAUGAUAGCCAUGAAGAUGGAGCAUACGAUCCGGGCGCCAAAGUCAGGUGUGAUCAAGAAGGUUCUCUUCAGCGAGGGCUCUCAGGCCAACCGCCACGCUCCUCUGGUUGAGCUGGUGGAGGAGGAAGAGCAGGUGGAGGGAGGCAGCCAGUAAAUGCAUCAAAGCCACAGUUACACUAUAAGGUAGAAGAGGGCUAGCACGUGUAAGAGCUGGAGGGAAAGCUACUCAGUGUGAGCCAGUUUUGGCCUCCCGCAGGAUUUAAAUCAUCUGUUCGACAAAGAGUUUGGGUCAGUCUGAGACAGAUGUGGCAGCCGCGUGUUUGCUGGAUGUCUUCCUGCUAGAACUUCUAUCAUGUACAGCGGCUCUUUUUACUCAGCAAUUCUUGCCUACAUGUCAGCAUUUCUCAAAGUUUCGGGGGUCAUGAAACCACCGCAGUGGGGGUGUGGAUGACCAUCGGGGAAAUAUACAGUCUGCAGUGCAGCAAGUGUGAUUUACGCAGAGAGAACAAACAAGUGUUUUAUUCCACUAGAAGCUGAUCUGGAUUCGUCUUCAUCGGCAGAUCCAUAUUCUCUUUCUGCUGUCAGUGAAUAAUCUCUCCUUUCAGUUUUGGUCGGCAUCAGGCUUGUCGGAGGUGCAGUGAUGGUUAAACCUGGCGAAAUCCUGUCUUUGUGUUAGACUGAGUCCUGCCUUUAGUUUCUUUACUGUUUGUGUAUUUAAACAAUUUCUAGAUGAGAAAUGAAACUUUUUUUCUAUCAAGUACUGUCUGAAGGAUUCUUGAAGAAAGUAGGGUUACAACAGAAUAAUCAUCAGUAAUUCUAAAAAAUGUUGAUUUUCAAAAUGUAUCUGAUUAUUUACCACAUAAAUAUCUUUGCUGGGGAUUUCUAUUGAUCUUUAAUUGUAAUUAAGAUGAAAACUAAUGAAUGAGCAAGGAAAAAAGGCAGUUUGAACAUUAGACACAGGCUAGGGGGUUGAUUGCAACGCCACAGAGACCCGUCUAUGUCUACAGCUCUCAGUGGCAUUUUGGUCACGUUUAGGAAAGAAACGCCUUACUGUAGCAACAAGAGAGUGGGGAGCUUUUCUCUUGAAUUUCUGCUCUCGCAUUCUCGCCAUCGCAGCAGAUUAAACCCUCCUAACUUUGACAAGCUCAUGUCAGGGCACAUUAACAGCUUUCUCAUUAAUGGCUUAAACUCCUCUGAGGAGGCUUGUUACAAGCGCCGACUUAUACAGUUGCUGCUGAGUCAUCAAACACGUGUCGGUUCCCUGAAUUGGCACCAAAAGCUACCACUCCUCGAGCCAGAUUACUCUUUGAUCAGAGGCUCUUUGCUUCAGUCUGGGCUUUUCAGGGAGGGGUGAAAGAGCAUCGCUGUACAGGAAAGGUUGCGUCAAGUUGACAACGUGAGCACAAGUUGUUUUUAUUAAUUAGAAUCUGGCCACUCUGUGCUUCCAGACUGACUCCAAACUCUCCAUUAUUCACACUCACAAUACCUCUCUGUCACAGUUAAAACAAAAAACCACAGGUCUCCUUUAACCCUCCACUCUGCUGCUGCAAGCACUCCAGAGUGCAUUCUGUGACGAGUCAGUCUCAUGUGCAGCAUUUCUGCACGCACUUGUCUCUCGGUUCAGAGUAGCUCCUGAAGGAUGAAAUGUCAGUCACGGAGAGAUUUUGGCGGACAGAUGGUUUGCAUCCGCGUAAAUCCAGUGAGGGAGUGAUCUGCCACAGACACGGUGGUGAAGUGGAUCGCUCUCUUCUCACCAACCGGUGUGCUUUGAGAUCUUGUAGACUAAAACUGUCAGUAUGAACACAUUUCCUGGAUUGUUUGUAGGUGUAAAAUAAUAAACUAGUCAAAUUCUGUAAUAAAUUUUUUUUAAAGUGUAAA